AUUUACAACAACACUUUGACAGUUGAUUUUUAAUUUGGCGCAACACAGAAAUAAAAUCUGUCAGCAGGAAAAGCGCGGAUAUCGUGCAAAAGGAAAAACUAUAAUAAUUAUAAAGAAAAUAAAUCAAGCAUAGUGUAAUAGUAGUUGUAAUUAGAACGCAUAAUAUAAUAGUUUUUCUGGAAAGUUUCGGUAUCUUCCAUAGCUAAUCUAAAUGAGUUUGGACGAUACUAUAAAUGCCUAUUUUGUUUCAACCAUCAAUGCUGCAGCAAACGACAGCGAUGAAAAAGUUAUCAAAGACUUCAAGAAGUCCUUGAUUUAUUUGCAAAAUCACAUUCCAGAAGAGAAUAUACGCCAGAUAAAAGCCAGCGAAGGAUUUCCAUUGAUAGCUUCUGGCAGGCUAACCAAAAAAGAUGUUUUCAUUUUUGAUCGUUUCGAAGGUGACUUCUUUCAACAAUUACAACAGACCAAAUCAUUGAUCAUAGGACCACCAUGCCUUACACAAUGUUUGCUGAAUGCCCAACAAAUACCGUUGGGCACCAGCCCGGUGUUUACGUGUGCCAUGCGAGAUUUACAAAUCUCAGCGACUGGCAUAACGCCCCAAGAGAAGGAGAAACUCAAGAACCUCAUCCAAUGGAUGGGAGGUCAUUAUUUUCAAAAUUUUGGACGUUCUAUAACACAUCUCAUUUCGAAUACCAUUAAGUCUACGAAAUAUGAACACGCCACAUUGAAUGGCAUACCGGUGAUGCAUGUGGAUUGGGUUCAACGUGUUUGGGAGCGUAGUUGUGCCGCACAGGUUUCGGCUACAGAUGAAGAAUUCGACAAGUACAAACUGCCCAUAUUCUUUGGAACAAACAUAACAUGUACUGGUUUGGAGACAGAUAAGAAGAAUGAGGUUAUGCGAUUGGUCAACGAAAACGGGGGAACUUAUCAUCGCGCCUUCAGAUCUCAACUGGUCGAUAUUGUCAUUACCGAAAAGAACAAAACAAAUUCCGAUAAAUAUGCUGCGGCGGUUCGUUACAAAAAGGAUAUCCUACUACCCGAAUGGAUUAUGGAUAGUGUACAAAAGGGUUUUGCAUUGCCCACCAAAGCCUAUCAAGUCAAGUCCCUAAAGGUCUCGACACCCACAAAAAGUGAUCAAAGUUUGGCGGAUUUUACAGUGGCAGACCAUACGGAUAUAUCGCGUAUUAGUGUAGCUGGCAGUUCAAGAAGGGCAAAUAGCGAUAUGACCACAGUGAAUGAUACCAUAUGUUCAAAUCUUAAUGAGUCACAAAGUGCUCCCACAUUUGUAGCUCCAAUUAACCCUCCCUCCAAGGACUUGAAAAAAGAUCUCUUGAAAAAGGCCGGAUCCGGUAGUCACUAUCGUUUGGUCUAUGAAGAGAUUUGUCCCAAACAAGCCAAGAAGGCGGGAAAUUUUUUGGAUGGUUGUUGUAUUUAUCUGAGCGGUUUUCGUACAGAAGAGAAAGAAAAAUUGAACAGAAUUCUAAAUGUGGGAGGUGCAACGCGUUAUGAUGUGGUUAAUGAGAAAAUUACUCAUAUCAUAGUCGGUCAAUUGGAUGAUAAUGAAUUUAAGUCUUGGAAGAAGGAAAACUUUUUGACAGCGGCUCAUAUAGUACGUUUGGAUUGGCUGUUGGAAAGUAUAAAAAUUAAACAAACCGCCAAUGAGGCUGUUUAUCGUGUUUCUCUGCCCACUUCAAGGGAACCUGAUGCCCCCUCCCCCUCUUCAAAAAAGACUUUACGUUCAAUGAAUCAUAGUUUCAAACAACCUGAGAAACCCAUUAAGAAGAAACUAUUUUCAAAGGAUGCUGAAACCGAUGGCGAAAAUGAAAAUAACAAAACGCCUCCUGCCCCAACUUCUUCGGAGCAACAGCCUUUGGAAGCCGAGGAACAUGAUCUUAUCUCUCAAUAUUCCCAAGAAAAUGUGCCUCAAGCACCAGUACCGUUGCCACAAAACACCAGCAUACCUCAUGAUGUUACAAUGGCUCAUCCCAUGGCUUCCUCAACACAAUGUGUGCCCAAUAAUGAACCAGCCAAAACGACCAAUGCGGUUCAACUGCAAGCACAGCCGUCGGAUCUUACCAAUGCCUCUGGCAUUACCAUUGAUUAUGAAAAUUUAGAUUUCUUCCAGGGCAUGUCUCUGUACAUAGACAAACAACAUUUCCCUGAAGAGUUUUACACACAAAUGAUCAGUGAAUGUGAAGCAGCCCAGGGUAAUAUUGUUCCCGCUACAUUUCGUGAUCCGGUGGAUUAUGCCAUUGUGUCAUUUGAGAGUACUUUGGAUGCAAGUAAUUUGCCUGUCAAAGCAAGGCAUAUUAUAACGGAAUUAUAUGUGGAAAGCUGUAUGAAAGUCAAUAAACUGGUACCCAUAGAAUACUACCACAAACAUAUACCACAUACAGCAAAUUCCCAACCCUUAGAAGGCAUGACAAUUGUAAUUUCUGUCUAUGCCUUGCUAGAAAGAGACUUUAUUGAUUCCAUAGCUCAGUUACUGGGAGCCAAAGUGAAUAAAACAUUUGUUAAAAAGGAGAGACCACUUCUCAUAUGUCCUUCACCCGAAGGCUCUAAAUAUGAAGGAGCUCUUAAAUGGCGUUAUCCUGUGGUAACCUCUGAAUGGCUAUUAAGGUGUGCCGAAGAAGGUAAGAAGGUACCAUAUGCUGCAUAUUUGGUGGGCGAGAGUCCCGAUGAUUUUCCACCAUCACCGACUUUACGUGAACGCAAUACAAGUACGGCCAGAAAGGCUGCGGAAAAAAGUACUACAAGCAUCCCCCAUAAUCAGCAAACACCACAACGCAUGGAUUUCGUUGGGGUGGAGAAUAAUGAAGGAAGUGCCACACCUACUGAAGCGGAUAAUCAAGUGGCAGCACCCGACACCUUUACGCCAUUGCGUAAUAAACGAGUCUCCGAAUUGGCUGGUCCCGGUAGAGUUACUCGACAAUCGUUAUCCAACACCAGCGGCUCUGGUUCCGAUUCUCCUCAUACACCCACCAAUAAUUAUGCUAAGGCUUCGUAUAAUUUUGAUUUUAUGGAAAAUAUACUGGCAGAAAUCGAAAAUGAAGAGGAACGCGAAUGCCUGAGGGAGGUCAUCAAUGAAAUGAAGAAUAACCAAACACCAGAGUUGGAGAGAUUUCGGCGUCAGGCUUGCACUCCCGUCAAUCGUAAAAUACCUACACCCAAAGGUAUUCCCGAUUUUUGUACAACACCGGAAUUCGAAAAGCGUAUGGCUGAUGAGUUUGAAAAACGUUGGCGUUUACCCACCAAGAAAAUGAAGCCCGAUACCCCAAUUGAUGAGAUACGCAGAAGAGUUAUUAGAGCCACCUGCAAAGCCAUGGGUAUAGAGUACAGCGAUGAGGAUGAGGAGAAGGCAGGAACAUCUUCGAAUAAGAGAAAAUCAGCGGUAACCAAGAAAAUUUUGGACACAACACCCUUGAAUAAUAAGAGUUCACGCAGUUCCUCAGUUAUGGCUCCCAGGGCUAUAUUCAAUCCAGAUGCUGCGGAAGAACAGAACACUAGCAAUACUUUUCAGAUGCCCACAAAUGAAACAAGAAAGUCUGAUACCUUUAUACCUGGCACACAGAGUCCGAAUAUGUCUUCGCAUCGGCGUAGUAUGUCUCAAGCAUCGCCCAGUGGUUUGGGUCAAAGAGCCUCCUUGGGUGGAAAAUCAACCAUAAACUUUGACAAGAUAAGUUUUGAGGAGACUAAUGUGGAUGAAAAUGCUGGUGGUGGUACUAUUAUAAAGCCAAAUUCUGCUACCACUUCACGAACAAGCCUGCCCACGGGCGCUUCACCAGAAAUCAAACAAAUUACGGAAUAUCUGCGUAAUUGUGAUUCCAGGCGGCAAAGUUUGAAACGUACUCGGCUAAGUAGUGAUCAACAACAAUCCUCGGUACAAGCUAUGGAAACUGAGGCCCACUAUGUGCAACCCUUUGAAUCGGAACAGCUACACACAGAGGAUAUGGUGGGUUGGCGAGAUCCCACGGAGUUUCAUGCACAGCGCCGUGCUAGGCAAGUGGCACCUUCAAUGCAAUACCCAGGCACUCCACGCUUUAGUAUCUCUUGUUCCGAUGAAGAGACCAGAGAUGAGAUUAUAGGAAAAAUUUUGCAAUUAGGAGGAGAGGUUUGUGAAAAUCUAGUGAAUUUUGAUCCCGAGUGCACCCAUUUUGUUUGCGAAAAACCCAAUCGUGGUGAGAAAAUGUUGGGCUGCGUUUCUUCGGGCAAAUGGGUGCUGAGCUUAAAAUACAUAGAGGAGUGUUUUGCUAAGGAUGUCUUCAUCGAUGAAGAACUCUAUGAAUGGGGUAACUGCAAAGCCCACAAUUUGCCUCAGCUGACGGCAGACGAACAGGUCAUUGCUGCGGCCGCACAUCGUUGGCGCAAAGAAUUGUCCGGCUCCAUAUUGGGGGCCUUUACCGGUAUACGAGCCAUUCUGCACAUAACAAAUCGCACUGUGGAUGCUCUCAAGAACGUCAUCAAAGCGGGUAAAGGUGAAAUUGUCGAGGCCACAACCCCCUACAGCUCUUGUUCAACGCUGGCAUCCACAGCCACCCAUUGUUUUGUGGAUGUCAAGAAAUGUCCCUUGGAUGCUGAUGACUAUGAAUUUCUUAAAAACCAUGAUAUAUUUGUUUUAACCCAAAUGUACAUCAAUGCAUAUCUCAUGAAUGGCGCUGAUGUGGAUAGAGCCAAAUAUGAAGUUCGUAUGUAAGGAAGAGGUUUUUGGAGUCACGGGACUUUUACCAUUUUGGAUUAGUUGAGGUGUUCUUAUUUUUUGUACUGAUUCCUAUUUUAACAAAAUUUAAUUUAUUUUUGGUUCUCAAAAGUGUUCGUUUCGAACAUUUUAUAAAAAAAUUUGUUUCAUAUUUUGUAUCUUUUCCCGAUAUUAUGGUUAAUAAUAAUAAUAUUUAAUGUUUUCAAUACAACGUU